AAUAAAUUACUAUUUAAAAUGUACUUCCCACAGUGACCAGUGCACAUCCAAAUAUAAAAUUAAAUGAAAUUAAACUUUAACAAGUUAAUAUAUUUAAAUAAGUAUUUAUUUAGGAGUUUGGUGUUUAUACAUAAUGUUUAUUAAGUGUUUAUUAUUGGUUACCGUUUUCACUGUUAUAAGUGCUGACUUUGACAGCUACGACUCAGCGGGCCCGUGUCCUUUCUAUCGGCUCGAACACGGUAAAGUACGCAUGAGGCAAAGGUACAGACUGUACAGAUUCAUGUGUUACCCUCGGUACAUACUGGUUGGCAACAGGUACGCCACCUGCAGGAACGGUGAAUGGGACGUGCCCUGGCCUGUUUGCGUUAAACCCGGCUGCCCUCUCCCGAACGUGGACCACUCUCUACAGUUGUCAAGACAUAGCGACGCUUGGCUGACCUUUUUCUGUUUGCCUGGAUAUGAUCUAGUCGGACCUUCGGCUAUGUACUGCGAUGGGAAAAUGUGGAAUGGGACCGCUCCUAAAUGUGUUGACACAAAUGCUUCGAACAAACUGAGUUGUGAUUUUGAAAAAGAAGAUCUUUGCGGAUGGAAGAAUGAUGAACUGCACGAUUUCGAUUGGAAAAGGUUGAAUUUGGAAACACCGAGCGCAUUCUUACUGACUGGUCCAUCAUACGAUCAUACUCUUGGAAAAGGAGCAUCAGGUUACUACAUGUACAUUGAGAGUACGUCAAGAAUGGAAAACGAUACGGCUCGCCUUAUAUCACCUGUUUACAGGAAGGAGCUGACUAAGGAUGGCUGCUUUUCAUUCUUUUAUCACAUGUUUGGGAAACAUACAGGAGGUCUAAGGGUGUACCAAAAACCAGACAACUAUGCUCUAGAAUCACUUUUACGACUACCAGAGUCGGCCAAGAAGACGUACAUACUAUUUGAACAGUGGGGUAAUCAGGGAGACAUGUGGUAUGGAUCUAUAUCUCCUUUGAAAGACCUGGCUGAUGAUUUUCAGAUAGUUAUUGAAGGGAUUCGAGGCAAAAGUUACACGAGCGAUAUUGCGAUCGACGACGUGGCUAUCAUGCAGGGUGAGAAUUGCACUAAAGCUGUUGUACCAACGCCACCCACGUUUUUAUCUGAGUCCUGUGACGGUCGUUGCAACAUCUUCGGGAACACUGAGCCGGAACGAGGCUGUGGCUGCACGGUAGCAUGCGUUUCCAGUGGUAGAUGCUGUGCUGAUUUCUUUGAAAUAUGCAUCUUUACCGCCAACACUGAUUCAACGCCUAUGGACGAAGACAAAGCGAGUUCUGUGGAUUUACCACAGACACAAAAACUUGUCUCGACUACGACGUCAGAAGCGCCAACGAUUGCAUCAACAAAAACUACCAAAGACUUCAAACCAACUGUCACCGUAACCACCACGGUACGCACGAAAACAAUAAACGAAAGCGUAACUCCAUCUACUGUUAAAACAACGACAAAAGUUGUAAUACCGUCUAGAUCACCAAUAUCUAAAUCGACAACUACAAAAACAACUACAGUGAAAACUACCACACCUACUAAAAGAGUCACAUCGAUAGUAAAACCAACUACAACAACAAAAAAAGUGUUAACAACUACAGUAAAACCUACAACGACAAAUAGAAAACGACCCACCAAUAUUGAGACUACUACUAGAAAACAGAUUAAUGCUACACCCACCAUGAAAGUUGAAAAUAAACGAAAAAACGAAGGGAGUGGAUUAAGGACUUGGACGAUAGUUAUAGCGGUGCUCCUGUGCUGUUUCGGAGCUGGAUGGAUAAUGUACGCAUCAAGGGGAGCACGCGGUUUGGCUGCUCUUGCAAGGCUGCGCGGGCGCACACGACACGAUCCCGAAGUGCGAUAUUUACACUCCAAUGCUGAUGACGAAUAAAUUAUUUUAAUUUAGUACAUUUUUAACACC